AAACUUCUGUCAAAACAAAUUAUUUUCUGUCUGAAGAAAUCCAAUCCAUCCACUUUUCUUUCUUUCCCAAGAAAAAAAAAAUGAAUCUGUUUUUGAUAUAGUUAGAAAACUGAAAUUGUAAUUUUUACUUCAAGAUUUCAAAAUGGGUGCUUUGACUAGUAGGCAAAAUGCAGGGGUGGAAGAAGCUGAUGUGGUCUCAAAUCACGCUUAUAAAUAUCCACCACGAUCAGGCAAUUACUUCGGGAGCCACUUCAUAAUGGGAGGUGAAAGAUUUGAUACACCACAACCAGAAGCAUACUUAUUUGGAGAAAACGCUGAUCUAAACUUUCUUGGAAGUAGACCUACACCUUUCCCGUACCCUCCUCCACAAUCCAAUGAGCCAACAAAAACUUUGAAAAGCCUUGUGAAUAUCAGAAAAGAAUCUCUGAGGUUUGUGCGCUGUCCGGAACCAGUGGCCAAGUUAGCAGAGAACAAGAUCGGGGAUGGAGUUGUGAAGUCCGUGGACAGUAACGGGAAAGGGACUUAUUAUAAUAUAGAGUUCACAUUUGACUGCGAUGCUCGCUGUGCCAUCACAAUAUUCUACUUCUGUACUGAGGAGGUCACACCUGCUGGAGUUGUAUACUACCCGCGUGACCCAGCCAUGACAUCACAAACCUACCACUACAAGAAAGGUGCCAACCAGCAAUUCUGCCAGAUCUCCCAUGUGUUCGACCCGUCCCGCCAUCCUGAAGAGGACUUGGUGUACAAUGCGGACAGGGAGAUAAUACCCAUAGCUAUAUAUUGUGUCGUUGAUGAAGGGCAAGAUGAAAUCCGUCAGUCUCACACGACCAUAGCAAUUGUGGAGAAGCACUCGGACGGCACGUACGUGCUGAAGGCUCUCAAACAGAAGCUGUUUGUGGACGGCCUGUGCUACUUGCUGCAGGAGAUCUACGGUAUCGAGAACAAGAACUUGGACACUAAGCCAAGUUCUGACGAGGAGACGGAAGACGGCGGGUCGGAGUGCGUGAUCUGCAUGUGCGACGUGCGGGACACGCUGAUCCUGCCUUGCCGGCACCUGUGCCUGUGCAACUCGUGCGCGGACUCGCUGCGCUACCAGGCCAACAACUGCCCCAUCUGCCGGGCGCCCUUCCGCGCCUUGCUGCAGAUCCGAGCGCUGCAGCGCGUCGCCGCCUCGCCCGCGCCGCCGCCCGCUGCUAGCGCCACCGAUGGCAGCAUGGAGAACAUCCCGGCGGGGUACGAGCCCGUGUCGCUGCUGGAGGCCCUCAACGGGCCGGGGGCCGCCCGCCCUCCCCCGCCCGCGGCGCCCCGCGCACCCGCACCCACCAUUGCCAGCCCCGACACUGACACGGCAGAACAGGCGGCUGAGAUCCUGAACCGCUGCAACCUGGAGCGCAGCUCGUCCUCCAGCCUCGCCAGCAAGCGGCACGCCGCCACUCCCGAGUUCCGCAUGUCGGUGUUGCUGGCGCGCGAGCAGGACGGCAAACGUUGCGACAAGGCGGCCGCCAGCAGCCCGCUGCUCUACAACAAUCACGGAGACGUCAAAUCUAAGUCGUCCCUGAGCUUAAACUACCCGGGCGACACAGACACAGGGUCGCUGCAGUCGUCGCCGGCGUCGGGCUCCGCGCACGAGCUGCGGCGCUCGCGGCUGUCGCUGCGGCCGGCGCUGGAGCCCGACAGCGUGUCCCCGCUGCUCACUCCGCCGGCGGUGAAGGAGGCCAGCUGCUGCAGCGCGGGGCCGCCGCCCGCCAACGGCGCGCUGCGCGCCGACGACGCCGCGCCCGACCGCGACAACUCCGUGGCGGAGUCCCCGCCGGCGGCGUCGGACUCCGAGUACUUCACGCCGGAGGAGCCCGGCGCCGCGCUGCUGCCGGGCGCCCCCCCCGCCGAGACAGCUAACAAUGUAGUAGAGUGUGCGCCCCAGCGCUGGGCUUUGCCCCAUCACGUCACGUCCCUACCCGGCACCCCGCUGUCGCAGUCGAGCGUGCGGUCGUCCGGAGACUCGUACAGCUCGACGUCGUCGACGCGGCAGCUGCUGGGCGCCCCGGGCGUGCCCUCGCAGCCGCUGUGCUAGCGCCCGCCGGCGCCCGGAGCGCCCAACUUCUGUGUCCGCACCGACACGCAGCACCUGCACUACGUCCACGACCCCUACCACACCUUCGUCCGUCAGACCGGGUACUACACCAUAUUCGGAGAGGACGGAUUCAUCGCUAGGCUGCCCGCCGACCAUUAUUACGUGACCGAAGGCGACGACGAUUGUGAUGCUGUUCACAAGACUUCCACUGCUUGUCAAACUAUGCCGCUGCCGACUUUGUACGAAGUCGAAUAAGACACCAAUACUUUUAUGUUGUGAAAUUGUGACUGCUGUGAAAUAUAAACUUUUCAAUUCUAUUUGUGCCCACUCUAUUUGAAAUAGGAUAUGAUAUUAUGUUUUUCUGCAUUGUAUUGUCAGUGAUGUGCCGGCCUGAAUUUUCGGGAAUUAACGCAUACAGUAUGCAGAAUAUAUUAUGGAAUAUGAUGUAUAUCAAGUUUACUGUAUUAGUUUGUCUAGAUGUGAUGAUAUUAUGACUAUAAGCGCAUAAAAGGUUACCUACUUGUCAAUCUAUGCCGCUAUGUAAUGACGCCAUGAAGCUAUAUGUAAUACCUGCAUUGCUGAGAACUGUUUGAUUCAAAGCCCAUGUAUUGCUAUCUCUUACAACUGUGACCCGACCUCUCCUUGCGCAUUGAAAGGUAUUACUGUAUGGUAACAACACUUUAUAUCUGCACGUUACGCAUACAUGUAUUGCGAGAGGAGCCACAGAUGAGAUAGCAAUACAUGUAUCUUGCAUAUAAAGUUCUUGGGAAUGCAGCGAGCUCCAGUCGUGAUUGGUGCCUAAUUCUGCUUAGUGCAAACCAUUGUGAAUAAGUUUAUUAGAAAGACACAAUAGACCAUAGCAAACCAUUUGGCUUUUUGAUGAGCGAUAAAUCUUGGUAGUAUAACAUAGUUUGUAUAUAAAUAUUUAACUUUUUAUACUCACACUGCGUAUUACACAUUGUUAUAUAAUGCUGCAGUUAUACAUUUUUUUUUAUUUAACAAAUUAUAGAUAAAACUCAGUUGUUAUUUCAAAUAUUUCUUUUAUCAAUUGAUAUUUUUCAAUUCUUGAUCAAUUGAUGUUGAACAUUUCAAGUUUAUAGGCUAUGAGAAUAUAUAUUUGAAAUUUUAAAUUAAUAUGUGACUACAUUAAAUCCUUUCUACAAAGGUAUAUGUCAUGUACUGUGCAUAUUAUGAAGAAAGAAAUUUAUUCAACCAAUCUGUUACAUAGUUUUCAAAUAGAUUUUUUAGACAUAAUGCUGCUACUACUAUUAAUGCAUUUUAUUGCAUAUUUGUAUAGUAUUAUUGUGAUAAAUAAUACCUAUUUAUAAGGCGUUAUAAAUAUGAUAAUUUACUGCUAUUAAGAUUGAAUUAUUACAGAAAUAAUCAUAGGUGAUAAUGAACAACUAAUUGUGAACUCAAUAAAUUAAACUAAGAUUAUCUGUAUGUAUAUAUUCUACAUUUGUUAAAAAUAUAUUUAUGUUCUUAUUUCUAUAGGUGUAGGGUUAUAUAGAUAAGAGAUAGAUAUAGACUGAGUUAACAUUCCUCGACUAGUUGAAUCUCAUCUGCCAAACUUUAUUUAUGAUAACAGAUUAUAAGUUACCCAUUUUCAAUUCUUCUCUAUUUCAGACAUGAGAUCUUUUAUAUAUUAGAAUGCCGAACAACCCUAUACAAUACCUUCCUCCAUUUUUGGAAGUUUGUUAAAAAUCUGAAUGUACACACAACUACACAUCUGUCUGUUAAAGAUAAGAUAAAUAUACCAACCGUUUUGUACUACACAAUUUGGGUAACUUCAUAUUCUGUUACCUGUACAAUUUAGUUGUUUUGAUUAUAAGUAUUAUAAAUGUAUUUUAUUUUCACAUCUAUACAUCUUAUAAUAGAUAGAAUAAAAAUAAUGAAAUGACA